UAUACGAGUAAGCUCUUUAAUUUGUAUUUUCUCUCAUCUCUCAUCUCUCAUCUCACCCAACUACUAAAAAAAAACUCAAAACUCCCAUCUUCUCUUCUGGUUGAGCAGCUUCGAAAUCCACACUCACGCCGCCAUUGAUGCGCUGUAUACAGAGAGAGAAAAUCAACGACAUACAUACUUGUUUGUUUCAAAGAAAUCUGGUCGUCAGUUGAUUCGUCAUUUCGUUUUUCCCCAAAUUUUCAAGAUCAGCGCAUCCGCCAUCGCCUGAGAGAUUUGUUGUGAAACUGAAGAUAGUUAUGAAGAAACUGAGGAGUUUUUACAUGCAUUUGAAGCAUCCACAUACUAUAAAGAGGAAAUGGAUCUAUCCAUUAGCUGUCGGGUCAACCGUUUUUCUCUUUCUACUGUUUUUGUUAACCCUAACCUCAUUUGACGGCAAUCGUAUCUACGGCUUCUACGCCACCGCCGGAAACUCUGUUUUUGUUGAAGAUAAGCUCCGGCCAAUUGGCAUCUCCGAUGUUCCUAAUCCGCCUCGUUUUGCUUACCUCAUAUCCGGUUCGAAUCAUGACGGUGCUAUGCUCCGACGGACGCUUCUGGCUCUGUACCAUCCGAAUAACCGCUACGUCGUCCACCUCGACGCCGAAUCUUCGCCGGAGGAGCGGCUUGAGUUGCAUGAGUUUGUGAAGAACCAUCCGGUUUUCGUGAAAUUCGGCAAUGUGGUGAUGAUCACGAAAGCUAAUCUCGUGACCUAUCGCGGCCCGACUAUGGUGGCGAAUACGCUUCACGCGGCGGCGAUUUUAUUGAGAGACGGUGGCGAUUGGGACUGGUUUAUAAAUCUCAGCGCCUCUGACUAUCCCCUCGUCACUCAAGAUGAUCUGCUUCAUACAUUCUCUUCCCUACCUAGAGAUCUUAAUUUUAUUGAUCAUACAAGCAAUAUUGGAUGGAAAGAAUUCCAAAGAGCAAAACCUGUCAUUGUUGAUCCUGGCUUGUAUAUGACGGAAAAAACUGAUGUUUUUUGGAUCACACAGAGAAGAAGUGUACCUACAGCUUUCAAAUUGUUUACAGGUUCGGCAUGGAUGGUAUUAUCGCGGUCAUUCAUCGACUUCUGCAUAUGGGGAUGGGACAAUCUCCCGCGAACCGUCCUCAUGUACUACGCAAACUUCAUCUCUUCACCCGAAGGCUAUUUCCACACCGUCAUAUGCAACGCAAAAGAAUUCCGUAACACAACCGUAAACACCGACCUCCAUUUCAUCACAUGGGACACCCCACCAAAACAACACCCUCACUACCUCACCUUACAAGACAUGUCCAACAUGGUCAACUCAAACGCUCCCUUCGCUAGAAAAUUCCACCACAACGAACCCGUCUUGGAUAAAAUCGAUUCCGAUUUGCUUUUUCGUGGGCCCGAUAUGAUUGUCCCCGGCGCCUGGUGCGCUGGGGACACUCAGAACGGGUCCGACCCGUGCUCGGUCGUUGGGAACGUUACGGUUGUUAGACCGGGUCCCGGUGCGAAACGGCUCGAGAGUCUUGUGAGCUCGUUGUUGUCGGAUGAGAGUUUCAGACCUAGACAGUGUAGGUGACAGUGACAGUGAACAGGUGGAUGGUGUAAUUAGUGCUGAAGAAAGCAUGGUUAUUGGAUGGAUGGAUGGAUGGUAUGGAUUUUGAUUUGAUUUGAUUUGGGGUUUUUUUUUUUUUGUUGUAGUAAGAGGUGAUGUGACUAAAAGCCGAUUCUUUUGGAACCCGGUUCAUUAAAUUUUUAUAUGGGGGGUUUAAGGGUUCACAAGGACUAUGAUGUAAAAUAUAUAUAUCAUAAUUCGAAACUUUUUAUAUGGUUUAAA